AUGAACCCUAGAGAGCCAGAGCCUCAGCGGCCCCAAGGCUCCAGAUCCCGAGAACUCAGUAACAUCAAAGCACCAGUAGAAGCAAGGCCCGAGAGCCCCACUACCCCAGAAGCCCCAGAGUGCAGAAUCCCAGGGUUCCAGAUCUCCUGUGCCCCAAAAGUGACAGAGCCCGAGAUUUCAGGGCCCCAGAGACCCAAGUACCCAGAGCGCAAAAUCCUCAUAGCCCAAGAAGUUCCAGAGCCCAAAGCUACACAAUCCCAGGAGUCUAAAAGCCACAGGGCACCAGAUCCCGAGAUCCCAGGGUCCCUGGAGUUCCAAGAAUCCCAGAAGCCCAUGAGCACCAGAGACCUGUAG